GAAUGAAGAAGAAACACCUCGUUYACUUGAAGAUGCAACUAAAAACGACAAUGGAGAUAGAUCGAACGAAACACAAAGUGAAGCAGUUGACAAAGAAAAGGAAGAGAGUUCAGAUGGAACCGAAGACGCUAACAACCAAGAUAUUUUGAAAGAAACCGAAGCUGUCCGUGAACAAAAUGAUCAGUCUCCUCAGAUAAUAGACAACUCUUUGAAAGGCGGAAAUGACCAAGAUAAUGAUGAUGAUGGUGAUGAUGAUAAUGAAGGGAAAGAAAACGAUUUGAUACGCAAUGACAAGACAAGUUUUCAUGUUCAAAAUGAUAACGCUGAAAAUGAUGACACCUUGCAAAGGAGCAAUACAGACGAUUUARAGACCGGUCAAAAGACAGGCAGCAAUGGUGGAAAUGAUGACAGCAUCAUAAAUGAAGAUCCUCAAGGCAAGGAUGAAGAUUCGCAGGGCAACCAACUGACUAACGAUAUCGGUGAGAAUGAUGAUGGUAUGGCAUAUGAAGACAACAAAGAUAACAAGCAAUGUGACCCUAAGUCCAAAAAGAAUAGCGAUGCAGAAAAUGAGAACAGAGAAGAAAGCAAAAUAGAACCAAACUCAGAGGAAGAGCGCUUGUCCAGAUACGAAKGUUCAGAGGUUUCUCUGCACAGCUACGACAGACACUCGAGACGAUCAACGAAGUAUUCACCAUCAACAGACAGUCACUCGAAUUAUGAUGAACAGCUCUCAGUGGAUUACUCGGAGUCCGAGGCGUCGACUUAUCAUAAAAAAUCUCAAAGUAAACCUUUAAAAAAGGUGGUUUUGGCGGCCCUUCCUCCACGUAAACCACUUACAAUACUCGCAACUAAAGGAGACCCGAAAAGAAACUACGUUAAUCGAGARAUGAAACGAGUAGUACAAGAAAUACUCAUUCGAGGAGACAAAAAGAUCAAAGACCUGACGACACAGGCACAAAGUCUACGAAGAACCACAGAGGUCUUAAGCGAGGAGAACAAAGCAAUGAAAAAACUACACAAGAUACAAUCAAGAGAAAUCCAGAAGAUCGAUGACUUUGUCUCCAUGACAACUUCAAGAUCAAAAGUCGUCAAAAAGGACGUCCGAAACAGCGAGAUGACGUCAGUGGACAUGAACAUCAAUGUUAGGAAACAAGUCAAAGAGAUCCUCCUCUUAAGACAAGAAUGUGAGCGAUAUGAAAAACUGGUYGAGAUGGACAGAAAAAUGCCCAGGCGUUCWGUAUUAAAAGAGAGACUUGAAAAAGUUGAGAGACAACUUGAAUCAAAAGACAAGGAAUUAGAGAAUAUGAAUAAAAAAGUUCUGGCACAGCAAAAGARAAUAUCCCAAGAAAGACAAAAAGAAAACAAGAAAUUYGCCCAACUUGAUGAGGAAAUACAUGGAACGAUUCAAGAAUGUCAAGAAUUAAAAAUAAGAUUAAAAGAAGCAGAAAGAAAAAUCGACAAGACUAACAUUUACAGUCGAAGAAGCAAUGCUACAAAGUCACUCCCACCAUCAACAUCCCUUCCUGCCCUGACCUGGCACCCCCCCGUCCACCGAGAAAAAACAAGAACAAAAGUCAAAAAAUGGUUAAACGAUUCCAACAACAAACAUAGAUAAUAAAAAAUAUCAUACUAUAUU